UUUAUAUUUGUAGUGUGAAUGAUUUUUAAAGCAUCUUGUGCUCUCAGCUGAAUCAGUUAAGACUGCAGAGUAGAUCAUUUUCAAUGCGGAGUGUUCUACCACCACAGCAGUUCUUUUUGCUGAGAGGGGUAGUCACUGACAGGGGCACACACUCAUUGCAGACAUGGCCAGUAAAAAGACCAAGGGAAAGAACAUGAAGAAGCGUGCGCAUCGCGCAACAUCCAACGUUUUUGCCAUGUUUGAUCAGUGUCAGAUUCAGGAGUUCAAGGAGGCCUUCAACAUGAUCGACCAUAACAGGGACGGUUUCAUCGACAAAGAAGAUCUUCACGACAUGCUGGCCUCAUUAGGGAAGGAUCCUACUGAUGAAUACCUAGAUGACAUGAUGAAUCAAGCACAAGGUCAAAUCAACUUUACCAUGUUUCUGACCAUGUUUGGAGAAAAGCUGACCGGCACAGACCCUGAGGAAGUGAUACAUAACGCUUUCGCCUGCUUUGACGAGCAGGCUACAGGUGUCAUCCCCGAGGACUAUCUGCGUGAGCUGCUCACUACGAUGGGCGACAGGUUGACAGAGGAAGAAGUGGACGAACUCUUCCGUGAAGCUCCCAUUGACAAGAGUGGCAACUUCAACUAUGGCGUUUUCACGCGUAUUUUAAAGCAUGGCGCAGACGAUAAAUGAUAGACGCUGUGGGUUUACCGUUUUUAUUUAUUACGGUUGAUAGGAUUUCACUUGUCAAUAUUGACUUCAUGGCACUAAUAUUCUUCACUUUUAACCACUUUUAAACCACCACAACACACGCGCUGCACAGUCACUCUGAAAGCCUACAGUAUUUGCACAUCGGUGGUACAGUAUUGUUAGACCGCAUGAAAAUUGACAAAAUGGGUUUGGAUGUUGUUUGAUUUUACUGAAUCUGUAGAAAUAAAAAUGAUUCUGAGCUCAA